GAGUUCAUUAGAGAGGCACAGCUAGACGGGACCCUUCAGCAGAUGCGGUCCGCUCGCACCGGGUAACAUAAGCGCCAACGACAUGCUGGGUCUUUUCGCGUUAGCGGCUUCGCUUACUUACGUGGCAGCGGCAUCGGCCGAGGUUCAGCGUAGCUGUGAACCUUGCGAGCCAAGCCUGUGCAAACCCCUUCCAGCCGGAGGAUGCAAGUUUGGGAUCGUGUCGGACUCCUGCGGGUGCUGCUCUGCCUGCGCGGCCGGGGAGGGGGAAAACUGCGCGGGACGCGGCUCCGCGUACCCGCGGUGCGCGCCGGGGCUCGAGUGUAAGAAGAGCGAUAAGGGUAAAAGGAGCAAGCUGGGGGUGUGUGUCUGCAAGAGCAACUACGAGGUGUGCGGCUCGGACGGGGCCACUUACAGCACUGGCUGCGAUUUAAAAGCUGCCAGUCUGAAAGCUCAGAGUGACAAGCUGCCCGAGAUCAAGGUGCAACAUAAAGGGAAAUGUUACCAAGCCCCUAUCAUUGUGACAGCUCCGGGUGAGAUCUGGAAUGUUACUGGCUCACAGGUGUACCUGAGCUGCGAAGCCAUUGGUGUCCCAACUCCUGUCCUUACUUGGAGAAAGGUGUCUGUCAAUAACGGGAAGACGGAGAUGCUUCCAGGUGACCGGGAGAACCUGGCUGUCCAGACCAGGGGGGGCCCCGAGAAGCAUGAGGUCACCGGAUGGGUACUGGUUUCUCCGCUCACGCCGGCGGAUGCCGGCUCGUACGAGUGCCAUGUCGCCAAUGCCAAAGGCGAAACCUCGGCUGCUGGCGGGAUCCACGUGGUGAAGUCGUUGGAUGACAUCCCCACCAAGAAAGCUAAGGAUGACGAGCUGUGAAACAGCCGGGAACAUGUGACCAUGGGUGGGAACAAACGGCAGCCUUGCCCCCCACGCUGAGGACAGCGACCUCUGCCUCUCUUCACGCACAGCUUCUUGGUCGUCACGUGCCCACGCUCACACACUCAGUCUGCCUCUCAGUCCGACGCAAGGCCUGCUGUCCCUCUACUUACCCAAACACACGUUUUUAUCAUUUACUUACUACUUCUGUAAAUGCACACAUGUAUGCUGGAGAGAUGAAGAUCUGACUAGAUACGGCAGAGGAAUGUCCAUACCAAAAAAAAAGGGGCUUCUGCAAGUAGGGAUUUGCGUAGGAAUGCGCAGUAUUCCAGGUUUGAAAGGAGGGCAGGUUUUCAGUGUGGUGAAUGAACCCCCCUCCCAUACACUGUACGGAUGUUUACUGUCUGGAGGGAUGGGAUGGUGCUUCUGUCGGAUUGUGUGGAUGUAGCUCAAAUGUUAAUGGUGCUGUCAAGUUUUUUUAUAAUGGUUUUUUUAUAUUAUCAUUGUGAAAAGCGGAUCCUAUUUUACACAAGUUACCUUUAAUUUUCUUUAUUAAAACCACUUGAAUAAAUAUGACCUACUAACGAAUAUUCAGAGUACUGCACACUGUAUAUUGCUUAACUAAUAAAUGGACAACUGAA